AUGGUAAUGCCCAAAGUCACUAAAUGGCUUCUAACAUAUUCUUUUGAAAUACCUGACUCGCCUGAGCUUUCUGAAUUGGAUAUAGCAGAUCCAACUUUCAAUAAAUCUGCAGAAAUUGAUCUCAUUAUAGGAAAUUAUUAUGAACAAUUUCUUAAUCUAGAUGGUAUUAAAAGGAAUGUAUGUGGUCAAACUUCAGCUUAUCACACUGUUUUUGGUUGGGUUCUUAGUGAUCCCAUUAAAACCCAAACUAUUCAAACUUUUACCACUUCGGUCACACAAUGUGAAACUUCAGAUUUAAAUAAUAAAAAAAGGUUUUGGGAACAGGAAGAAAUUCCUACUUCUCAUCCAAUCACCGUUGAACAUAAAAUUUGCGAAAUGUUUUAUACUCAAACUACAACUCGUCAUGAGAAUGGUAGAUACGUCGUUCGACUACCAUUCAGAUCAGAAUUUCCCGACAAAGUUUCCCUUGGCUCAUCCCGAUAUAUUGCAUUAGAUCAAUACUCCAGAAUGGAAAAAACACUCGCAAAAGAUCCAGAACUUCAAGCUCAAUAUAAAGCAGUUUUGAACGAUUAUAUAACUCUAGAUCACAUGGAAGAAAACUGUUCCAGUGAAAUUGUAUCUCUACACUCUACAAAAUGA